UUCCGCUUUACCCUCUGCUCUAGCUUCGUUUUACACCGCUUUCCUGUGCUCUUUUCGAUAUGUCGCACUCAGUACCAACGACAGACGAUCUCGAGGAGGUCCUUCUCUCCUGCCGCUACGGCGACCUCGAAGACAUCGAACAGUUCGUCGGCAAAUUUGGCCCAGACGCGCUCGCAACCGCACGCGACGACGCCGGGAACACCAUCUUGCACAUGGUCGCUGGAAACGGGCACACAGACGCGCUCGACUAUCUUUUGCCUCUGGUGCCUCCAUCGUUGCUCGCCGCACCGAACAACGCCGGCUCAACAGCGCUGCACUGGGCUGCACUGAACAGCCAUCUAGCCAUCGCGCAGAAGCUCGUGCAGUUCUCUGCAGGGCCCGGCGUUGACCUCAUCGACGUCAAAAACUCUGCUGGGCGCUCGCCGCUCGGGGAGGCGGAGAUGGUUGGAUGGGAGGAGGGCGCGAAGUGGUUCGUGGAGGUGAUGAACCUUGACGAGGGCGCGAAGGGCGAGGAGGAGUUGCACCCAGCGGAUGGCCCCGAGAACAUCGAGGUGGAGAUCGAGGAUGCGGAGGGCCAAGUCGCGAAAAUGACCCUAGGGCCAAAACCCGCCAAUAGCGCAGACGAAAGUAACAAGGCGAAUCAGCCAUGAAGAGAUGUACUGUAUCACUGCACAGUGUAAGCUGGAGAAGUCAAAAAUAGCAGAGGCGUUUC